AUGCCAAGAUCAAGUAGCCCUACUAAACAACAAUUUCCCGAUACUGGGCUAUCUCUACCACCGAUCGCAGCGACAAAUCAUGGCGUUAACUUAGUAGAGAAAAGCGAACCAUCUAUUCGAAGCCAUAAUUCGAAAGAGGCUGGUUUAAGCAAUGGUGUGAAAUCGAUGCCUAGUAGUCCAGUUAGUAAAAGUAGAAAUUUCCAUCCUGGUCCACCUGCUUCACCACGCUCAAUUAAGACAUCACCACGCUCUAAUAAGACAUCGCCACGCUCUAAUAAGUCAUCACCUCGUCAGAAUCUUAGCAUGUUAACUGUUGAUAUGAAUGCAGCUUCUAUCUAUCGUUUAAGUCGUUCAUCGCCAUCAUCGCCAACAGGAACAAGACGAGCUAUCAACAUGGAUGAGAAUGAUGAUGAUCAUUAUCAUCAUGCAAAAGAAAGCGAUGAUUGCUAUCAAGAAGAUAAUCGAGAUAUUCGAUCGUCAGUUAGUCUAUCACGAAAACUCCAUGAUAUCCAACAGAAAAUGAAUCAGAACGAUAGUCAAUACCACCCACGACAACGGCAACGGCCCGUAACAGUCGAUCCAUCAGAAGAUAUGGCUGCUAAAGUGAGGAUGUCUAAAUCCACUCCAACAUCACCAACUUCAUCUAGAAAAUCUUUAAUUGAUGCAGCUAGAAAGUCUUCAUGGUUAAAACAAGAAGAAGAAAACAUUCAACGUAUACAUUAUUAUAUGAAUGAAAAUGGCCAAAAUCAAUUGUCAGUAAGAGAUGAAUUAAGAAGGGAAUACGAAGAAUAUCAAGCAUUAUAUGGAAAUACCCAAUCAGAAAAAGGUGAACUAACUAGUGAUGAUAAUGAGGAAUCGUCAGAUAAUGAAAAAUCUCCUCUUGAUCAGCCACAAUUGGCUGCAAGUCAAGGCGUUCAAUAUUACAUCGCUACUAAAAGAUACCUUGGACACCGAGAAAAUACAUCUCUACCAUUCGAUAAUUGGCUAUCGGUUAAAAAUACUCAAAAGAUUCAGGAAGCUAAUGUGGCUAGGAAAGAAAAGCAACAGCAAAUGUUAAAGAAGCAAGAAGAGGAAGAGAAGAGAAAACAAAUUGCGCAAAAAUUUUUCAAUAAGUGGAAAACUAAAAAGGAUCAAGAAUAUAAAGAGCAAAAACGCAAGGAACAACAAAUGCAACAAGAAGAGCAAGAGUUCAGAAAAGAAUUAAAAGAAUUGAAAAAGCAACGGGUACCUACUUUUGCCAAAUGGGUAGAUGUUAAAAUGGAGGAGAUGAAGAAAAUUAAGCAAGAAGAAGAGCGAAAGCAUUUCGAGGAAGAAAUGGAAAGACGUCGGGUGAUACAGUCACGAUUUAGUCAAGCACCUUCUUUUGAAUCGUGGAUGAACAAGAAAUCUCAAUCAGAAAGUAAAGAGCGAGAAAUGCUAGCAAGAGCUCAAGAAAUGGAAGAAGAAAGAAGAAGAAAAGAACGAGAGAAGCGAAUCGCUAAAUCACCCUCUUUUCAAUCUUGGCGUAAAAAGAAAAGGGAAGAAGAAGAGCACCAAAAAGAGCUUGCUAGGAAAGCGAUGCAGGCAGAAAUGUCCAAGUUAAACAAGAUAAAAAAUGAAAGAUUUAAAGGUGUUCCAUCCUUUGAAGAUUGGUUAGAAGCUAAAGCUAAGCAAAUGACAUUAGAUAACUACGACAGCAUGAUGGAAGGGCGCGAACAACAAGGAAGUCUAGAACAGGAGAAAAAACGUAUGGAAAAUUUAUCCUUCGAUAUGUGGUUAGAAGAAAAGAGGAAUCAGGGAUUGAUACCUACAGCACCUGCAACAUCAUCAAAGCAUAAACUAGUUAAAGCUAGAAGUUUAGGAUCGAUCUAUCAGGCAGCGCAGAAUUGA